CAAAGUGUGCAUAGUGUAUAAUGUUCUUGGUUGUCGAACUUCUUUAAUUUUGCUUUGCCAUACCUGGAGAGCAACGAAUAUUAAUAAAAAAAGAAAAUGUCAAAAUUAAUUGUUUUAUUCGAAUCUAGGAAUAAUAGAAAUUAACCGCUACUUAAAUGGUUUCAGACGAACGAUUGCAACAAAUAUUUCAUCUGCGACCUUUGCAGGAAGAAACCAUUGCUUAUCGCAAUAAUAUGAAACUAUACCGCACACUCAUGAAGAAUACAUGCAAGGCGGAACUUCAGAAUCUUGUGAAUGUAGAAAUGAAUAUUGCGGAUAUUGAAAUGAAAAAGCCUGAUCCAAAAAGAAUACCACCGGUUUUCAGCGAAAAUGAGGAUUUAACACCAAAGAUAGAUGCACUAUUAGCAGAAGUGAAGACAGCUUCCAUAGGAAUGAAACUGCUAUAGCUUUUGUCUAUGUAAUUCCAUUUGUUUUGCUAAAGAUUCUAUUGAGACAUCUGUAUGUCAUCUGCAAGCACUCGAAUGACGGAUGUAAAGUCUAUAUGCAAAAAAAUACAAUGUUAAUAGAAAUAAAAUUAUGUAUGUAUAUAAACUCACAUUAAAAAGUGUAAUUAUGGGCUUCUUUUGGAAAAGACUCCCCUUAGUUCGAAUAAUUAGUAUAUAAUGUACAUCCAGCUACAAACAGACAAAAUUAUUCCUUCGUGUAAA